AUGGACAAUCGUCCUUUGAAAAGACAACGUCGAUCAGUCCGUCAAGAAUCCAAAGAUUCAUCUAAUUCUAAACCAGUUACCCUCUCAUCGCGCCCCAAAUCUACCCGAGCGCGUCCCAGUUCAGCUCCCACUCGACACACCUCAUCUCCUUCGCUUUCUCCCUCCAACCCUUCAUCAUCUCCGAAGCCCAGGAACUCAAAGUCCCUUCGGGGCUUUUUCCACACGGCCACAGAAGGGCAACGAUGGUCUUCGCAAAAGUUCGAGACGAAACGGGCACUGGCACCAGUCUCAGAAACAUUAGACGCAGACGAAAUAGAUGAUGACUAUGAUUCAUACGAUGAGAUCUUCACCAAGCACAUUGCUAGUGGAACCUCCAGCUUCAAUCCUAAAUCCUCAUUCUCCUCAACUGGCCAAACACAAGGGGCAUCCAAACCCAAGGCCACGCGCCCGACAAAUCAAUCCACCAAACGAUUUAUCAUGCCGACGGACUCCAAGGAUCAGACUCAGACCUCUCGCCCGUUACAUCCUCAACUGAAUCAAAAAAUCGAUCAUCGUCCAUGGGCCCAGCGGUUUGCUCCAUUGGAUUUGGACGAGUUGGCCGUUCAUAAGAGGAAGGUCGCUGAUGUACGGAAAUGGUUAGAAGAUGCAUUUGCAGGGCGAUGUAGAGAGGCGAGCCCUGCUGGCUCUGGGAAGACGACUACCCUAUCCCUCCUAUCUGAAUCAGUGAAUUUUGAUAUUGUAGAGUGGAAGAAUCCGGCGGUUUCCGACUUCACAGCCCAUGAUUACAUCUCUGUGGCUGCGCAGUUUGAAGAAUUUCUGGAGCGGGGCGAUCGUUUUGGAGGGCUUGAUCUCGAGAAUAGUGUCGAAGGUAAUGUCCACAAUUUGCGUUCUGGGGACCAGCGUAUACUGUUGGUGGAAGAGUUUCCAACAGUUUUAAGUCAAAACUCUGGCCUGGCUGCCUUUCGAACAUCCCUGCAGCACUAUCUCGCGGCGACAGAUCAUGCAUCGAGGGAGAUACACCCACCUGUUGUGAUGGUUGUGUCGGAGACCUUGCUGGGUUCGGCGUCGUCGAUAUCAGAUAACUUCACGGUACAUCGAUUACUCGGACCAACACUGUUUAACCAUCCCAGCACGAAAAUCAUAGACUUUAAUAGUAUCGCCCCGACUUUCAUGCAAAAGGCCUUGCGCUUGGUUCUGGAGAAAGAGGCUUGCAGCUCAAAGCGUGCCAGGAUCCCCGGUCCAACUGUCCUCGACACGAUCUCCGAGAUUGGAGACAUCCGCAGCGCUGUUUCCUCUUUAGAGUUCCUGUGCCUAAAAGGCGAUGAUACCGGCAAAUGGGGCGGGACUCUCACGAAAACAAAGGGCAAAAAGUCCCGGGACGCAGCUCUAACCCCGAUGGAAGAAGAGUCUCUUAAAAUGAUCUCUCAGAGAGAGGCAAGCCUGGGGCUAUUUCAUGCCGUGGGCAAAAUUGUAUACAAUAAACGCCUUGACCCAAGCCUUGUUCCCGCAGGAACGGCGAUUCUCCCUUCACCACCGGACUAUUCAUCGCAGCAUCGCCGAGUCAAGGUCUCGCAGGUAGCAGUGGAUGCGCUGAUUGAUGAGACUGGGACAGACAUCACUACAUUUGUCUGUGGUCUUCACGAAAAUUAUCCGCCCUCCUGUGAGGGAGCGUCAUUUACUGACAGCCUCAAUGCGUGUAUUGAGGCAUUGUCCGAUAGCGAUAUCCUCAGCACACAAGGCGCGCGAAGUGGUAUGGGAAGCGGAAUGGCAGUUCUAAAUACCGGAAUUGAUAAGCUGCGACAGGAUGAGAUUAGUUUUCAGGUCGCCGCACGCGGGUUGUUGUUUGGUCUCCCUUAUCCUGUCAACCGACGACUGACCACCGGCGGCGGUCGAGGCGCGGGUGAUGCACAUAAGAUGCUUUAUCCAUCUUCUUUGCGAUUAUGGAGAAAGACCGAGGAGGUUGAAGGUCUCGUGGAUUCAUGGAUGAAGCAGAUGUUGGAUCCCUUUGGCAAUCCACUUCAUCUGUCUCUGCCACGCGGCACAGCAUCUACUGAAUCAGGUGUCAAAUCAUGGCGAAGUCUCCGGAUCGGUCAUCAUCUAUCUUCUAGUGCCGACUAUUCCACUACGGUGACGAUGAUAUCGCGAGCUGAUGCACUACUCUAUCAAUUACCAUACAUGGCUCAAAUUCGGCGCAAUGAGCCCGAAUUCGGGCAAUUGAAACAGAUCACUGGGAUCCGAAGUAGUCGAUUUGAUAUUGAUCAAGAUGAGCUGGUCUCGUCCACACAGCCACAACAUGCAAAUUUGCCUCGGAAAGAAGAAAAAUUAUAUCUUAGUGAAGAUGAUAUUGAAGAUGAUUGGGAGUAA